CAAGAGCCGAGGGAAACCAUCUGAUUAGGGCAGCUCCGCUCAGGAGCACAACUGGCCCACGCACACCCUGCACAGCAGGAAGGUGCAGCUAGACCUCGGGCGGCGGGUGGAGGGCGCACGGGGCCGAGGCCAUGUCCACCACCACGUGCCAAGUGGUGGGCUUCCUCCUGUCCCUCCUGGGCCUGGCGGGGUGCAUCGCCGCCACGGGGAUGGACAUGUGGAGCACCCAGGACCUGUACGACAACCCCGUCACCUCCGUGUUCCAGUACGAGGGGCUCUGGCGGAGCUGCGUGAGGCAGAGCUCAGGGUUCACUGAGUGCAGGCCCUACUUCACCAUCCUGGGCCUUCCAGCCAUGCUGCAGGCAGUGCGAGCCCUGAUGAUCGUGGGCAUUGUCCUGGGUGCCAUCGGCCUGCUGGUGUCCAUCUUCGCCCUGAAGUGCAUCCGCAUAGGCAGCAUGGAGGACUCUGCCAAAGCCAACAUGACACUGACCUCUGGGAUCAUGUUCAUCAUCUCAGGUCUCUGUGCAAUCGCUGGAGUAUCUGUGUUUGCCAACAUGCUGGUUACUAACUUCUGGAUGUCUACAGCGAACAUGUACACUGGGAUGGGUGGGAUGGUGCAGACUGUUCAGACCAGGUACACCUUUGGUUCGGCCCUGUUCGUGGGCUGGGUCGCUGGAGGCCUGACGCUAAUUGGGGGUGUGAUGAUGUGCAUUGCCUGCCGGGGCCUGGUGCCUGAGGAAACCACCUACAAAGCCGUGUCUUAUCAUGCCUCGGGCCACAAUGUCGGCUACAAGCCGGGAGGCUUCAAGGCCAGCACUGGCUUUGGGCCCAACAGCAAAAACAAGAAGAUAUACGAUGGGGGUGCCCGCACAGAGGAUGAGGUACAGUCUCAUCCUUCCAAGUACGACUAUGUGUAACUCCAAGACACCUCGGCAUGGGCAGAAGAACCCCCCCCACCAAUUAGAGUGCACUCGAAAAACAAGGAGAUUUUACCUUGACUCCUGAUUGCUUUUGACUCACAGUUGGAAGUUAGAAAAGCCUUGAUUUCAUCCAUGAAGAGGCUAGAUGGUCUGGGCCACAUGUCUCUGUCUCUAAUGCUCCAUCACAAAAACAGCCGAGUUAUCAGAUAUGAAUUAGAGGCUAUAGUUCACAGUUUCCAAUCCUCUAUUUUUUUUUUUUAAUUUAACCUUCUUCAUCUGAUGAUAGAAUGUGGUUUGAAUUCCUAUCAGACAAUAGCCCAUCAAUGAUCUAUUUCCCAACUCAUCCCCAGAACAAUUCUGAAAGGAAAAAAGGAGAGUCGAUCAAAAGACAUCAUUUUCUGCUAUUUGAUUUUAACCUCCCCCGCCAACCUGGCUACUAAUAACACUGAUUGAAGAAGAAGUGAUGGCGAAAGAGAUAUGUAAUGUCUCCAGCUCAUUAUCUGAGUUUUCUUACACUGUGAUCUUGAACAUUACCUGGACCAAAGUGAUUUCAGUUUGAAGAAAGCUCUCUGCUUUUGUUGGCAUCUGCUAAUUCCAGCAAGACACCCCCCAGGGGUCGCCUGACCUCUCCACUGCAGGGCAUCUUUCUGUCGCAGGCCAGAAAGUGUCCCUAGAAGAAUGAGGAAAGAUAUUUGUGGGUAAUCUGAGUAUAUUUGGUAUUCUAAAUAUAAUUAGAAUAAAUAAUAUAUUAGUGAAAUGAUACACUGUCUCUGUGAAUUAGCCUCACCCCUGCACUUGAAUAGAAGAAAAAGAAAAAAUAAUGGCUUUUGAUAUUGUCAAUAAGGACUUUGUAAAAUCGCACUUAAGUUUGAAUUCCAUGAAAUGCUCACUCAUCCGAAUUGUUUCCCUUGAGCUCUCCAGGACUGUGACGAUACAUGAUAAAUACAGUGUAACCCUGUAAAAACCAAAGGAUGAAACCUAGGGAGUGAGUUGAAACAAGUUCUUUUGAAAAACAAGAAAACGUGAUGACCCUGAAUGUAAUGUUACAUUUCCAAAUGACACAUGCCCACACUUGCAUGGCCAGAGGUCACAUACUUGGCAUUGUGGUUACCUUUGUUACUGUGAGAGCUCUUCCCUUCACUAAAUUUACCUACAAUCGUUGCCACAUUGGAUGUUCAAGAACCAAAAGCUCUUUGCAGCUGCACACCUUCCUGGUGUUCACAUCACUGCUGUAGGAAGCCUACACUCCUUCCAGGUUACCAGAAUUCUAUCCCGACACCAGAGCCAGAAUAGUUACCCUGGGAAUUAAGGUGGGGGGGGGGGGGGGGAAUCUCUCAAAUUACCUAAUCAGGGAGCAGCAGGCAAUGGGGGAAUCUCACCACUGGGUUAUUAUUUGGGGGAAAAAGUCCUCACAUCAACGUGCAUAUAAAAGUGGCCUCUAAGGAGAUGGUGAAUAUUCAUAGGGGGCUUCAGGUGGGACGGAUUCUGUCUGGGGAAAUGCAGAUCACAGCCCAUUCAACAGAAAGGAAUUUUGUUCACCAAUGGCCAAAACAAACUCAGAGACCCUGCUCACUGAGACAGCAAUGGUUUGAGGCUAUCUCAGAUAGAGUAUUCAUGGAACUCAUUGUCUGAGACGGGAUAAAGGAUGAAUAGAUAAUCAAGAAACAAACCAAAAAAAAAAAAAAAAAAAAAAACAACAGGGAUGGGGAAGACAAAACUGAACAACCUAGAGCAUGGAGAUUGUAAAGAGUUCUCAGUAUUUGACUUGAAAGCCAUGGGCACAAUGAGCUCUCCUUCCUACCACCAGAAAGCCGUGGUCAGGUCUGAGACACUGAGGUGUGUCUCAGGUGGGUUUUUAAUUAGCACAUUCUCUAUCCAACACGUCAUUUGAAAGCCUCUAUGGAGUUAGACUGUGCCUUGUAAUUUUGUUGUUGUUGUUGCUCUGUCCUAUUGUAUAUGCAUUGACUAUUGACCUGCAUGUUUUGUUAACUAUUAAAAAUACUAUGAUCUCACA